AUGUCCAAUUCCCGAACCUUCAGUGUCCUUCCGUGCGAGCUUCUCCUCGAAAUCGCCGAGUACCUGAGGCCUUGCCACCUUGUUGAUUUCAUGAUGGCGCUUCCCAAUCUUGCAUACAUUAUGCCGAGGCGGCUAGUAGCCAGAGAUGAUGGAUUCGUCACUGUCUUGGGCUACAUGGCUCAGGACCGCGGUAGCGCGGAGAUCUGUAGGCGAUUGAUUCCGCGCAUGGAGAUCGAUGUCAAUUAUAGACUUCGAUGGGACAACAGUGCAUUGGACAUUGCGAUUAGGAGGCAGCACGAUGUGAUGGUCGAUCUGCUGCUUGCUAGGCCGGAUAUCGAAGUCAAUCGCUACGGUGAGCCUACCAACCCCUUGUAUCAUGCUGCUAGCACAAGAUGUAUCCCGAGUUUGAGGAAGCUUCUAGCUAGGAAGGAUGUCGACCUCAACACGCGCACCGUGUUUGGAUGGACCGCGUUGGGGCAUGCUACAGUUUUGGGGUAUACGAAAGUGGUGGAACUGCUCUUGAAGGCACCUGGGAUCGUGAUCGAGCCCGAGGAAAGUAGUUUGGCUACUCCUCUGAGUCUUGCAGCUGAACGGGGCUACCGGGGUAUUGUGAGACUACUUCUACCCCUGGCACAUCAAACUGACGCCACAGGAACCCCGUUGGUUGACAUAAACGCGCGAAGUCACCGCUCGAGGACUCCCCUCAUACGGGCGACCCUGACCGGAAAAAGCAAGGUGGUUCAAUUGUUGCUUGAACAUGACCUAAUUGACGUGAACGCCAGGGACAGGAACGGCCGGACCGCUCUCUCGCACGCGGCGCAGAUGGGGUACCUCACGAUCAUGAGGCUGCUUCUGGCGCGACCCGAUAUUGACGUGAGAGAAAACAAUUCCCGCCGGCGAACGCCGCUGGCACAUGCCGCUGCUAGGGGGUUAUUCAAGACCUGUAGGAUGUUGCUUGAGCAUCCCGAUAUCGAACCCCACGCGAGGGACUCGACGGGCCGGACACCCCUCAUACAUGCCGUCCAGUCCGGGAGCGUGCAGGUAUUUCGCCUGCUUCUAAACCAGUGCGCCAAUGGCGAGGAAGAUUGGAAGGAUCGUACGGGACGUGGCGCCUGGGACCAUGCCGAGUUGAAGAAACGCACCGAAAUGAUGAACAUCUUCGUGGACUAUCAAUUCGAGAAACAAGCCGGGUCCUACGAUGAAAACGAUGCGAUGGAUGAGGGCGAUGAAAGCAACGACAGCGAUGCGAUGGAUGAGGGGGAGGACUAG